AUGAAAUACCAUACGUUCAAUGUCAAGUUCGAUGGCUAUGCCCGUUUUACAGCUAAUGGAAAACUGCUCAGUACAGUUGCUUCAUGCCUAAGAAGAGAAAAUAAGAAAGAGAAGCAAGUGGCAGUGCUGGCAACUUCAGAGCUGCCUGCGAAGUCGGUGGAUCUGGCUGCUCUUAACCUGACAGAGCUGGUGAACGGUAUGCUGAACACAGUGCUCCGAGGUACCAAAAAACUCUUCUCUUUGCUGAGCGUCACUUCUUACAGCUCGUUUGCCUUCCACAAAGUGUCAGUCACGAUUUAUAACAUUUCUAAUGUGAAAAAUGUUGACCCUGGCAAGUUCCCUAUGCAUUACUGCUACUGUUUGAACAAUGUGACAAAUGACUUGACAGAUUUUACAGCUUUACUUGUUGAUAUUAUUGGAAACUCCACCAGUUAUCUCACAGAAAUUUUCAAAUCCACUUCUAUUCUCUCAGAGCGUCAGAGCAAUGAGUCAGAUUGUAUAUACAUCUGUGUUAUGACAGGGCAGACAGGGAGAAAUCUGUCUGACUUUUGGGAAAUGCUGGAGAAGUCUCCUGCUAUUAAUUACACAUUUUCCAGUAACACAUCUUCUGACCUGGCUGACGUGUAUGCACUUCGGAUGCAGACGUUGUCGCCUCAAGAAACCAGCAAACUGAUGCAAACAGAGCCAGAUUUGCCUUCCCCAGUUCUGUCUACACCACCCUACAGGCCUGGUAUGACCUUGAAGCUCUACUCAGCUACCAGGUGUCCGCAGGCAAUCCUCAAAGCGUCCCAUGUGACCUCACCUCCUGCCACUCUUGUAGUGCAAAAGAUCAAUCCCUGUGUGAUGGAGCUGUGUAGGUUUUUUCAGCUGUGCCUCUGUGUUGGUCAGAGAAGACAUUCCAGAAAGGAAGCCAUGAGGUACUGUGUGGAAUACUAUUCCUGGUUCUUGAAAAAUGCAAGUUAUAUCUGUGAAAAAGUCAAAAGAGUUGCUUAUUCCCACACAUUAAAACAAAAAUGCCUUAAAAACAUCUGUACGUCGGUCUAG